AAUUUCAUAAGAUCGUCUCCAGCGACUUUACCAAGAACUCAGAUCUCCCCGUCAGAUCAAGUCCAUCGACCUACAGCCGGUGCUUUUGGUACACAACACGCGAGUCUUGACACUUCUACCUUCAUUUACACGUGGAGUGACAAAGUAAUCGAGAUCCGUUAUAAACGGGAUUUCAAAUUAUACGAUACUUUUGAUCUGAGAAAAUACAAUUGUGAGCAGAAAUGUAAUCCACUAAGGCUGAGAGAAGAAGGAUACCUUCGUGAGAUUGUGAAAGUAACUGAUUGCAUGAGAAUCUCACAUAUUUUACCGAUGAAUUUAGAUAAGUUGAUUCCUACAAUAAAUGAUGUGGUUUUUUCUGAGAAGAUCAUACAUAGUGAUGAUGAAAACCAAAAGCUAAAUCAAGCGCGCACAACUGCGUCAGAAUCUUAUCUAAUUGUUAUUGCGUCUGCUAUUGGAAUAUCUUUAUAUCGAUUAUUACCUCCUACAGAGGGAUUCUGUUCAAAAUUUCGGGUGAUUGAAGAGCAUUAUCAACAGUUAUAUACUAGAGAGCCUGUGUCAGCAGUGAAUGUAUACAUGUCAUCGUAUCAACUUCAUGGUACAAAUGGUAUUCCAUUUAUAAUCGCAGGUGGCAUGCGGGGACUUAUCGAAAUAUUUAGUUAUGAAUUUGAUCUAAAAAUACAACAGAUUCAAACUAUAGAACCUCCAAUGUCAUUAGCACCGGUUACUCACAUAAUUUCACGUCCUCCUCAUGCAGAUCAUGAAGGCCUAAUAAUUGUCGGACAUGGUGGUCUUGAUCCAGCAUUGAAUAAUGAUUUCAUAGAACAGAUCGACCCAAAACCUAUGAUCAGGUUUUUCAAAACAUCUUUCGGUUUUGUCCAUCAGACAUGUCAAGAGUUUGAACAAAACUAUGAAGGUCGUCCGGAUUCUAAUGUUAGCAAAGGAAGAAUUUUUGCCAUUACAUCCGUUGUUGAUGGUGUUGAUUAUGUCGUAUGCGUCGCUUUGGAAUCCGUUUAUUUGGAAAAAGAUGCCAAAGACGGUCCUGAGCUUGCCAUAUUCAAAAUUGAAGGGGCUCAGACAAUUUCGCUUAUAUGUUGGGAAAAUAUUUCUGUGCUAUGCAAUUUGUUACCAAUAUUGGACAUUGAUGCACCUAUACGCUAUGCUAGGUGCGAAAUUCUUUUACCAGAUAGAACAGUCCUUUUUGAUCCGAACAUUAAAGCACAAUGUGAAGUAUUCUACGAUCUGAAGCCAUCAUUUACCGAAUGGUUUGAUAAUGCAGAAUUUAUGAAAUACACUCCAUAUAACACAGUUACAUCUAAUGGUAUUAGAUCUAAACGCAACCAAAUGGAUGGGGAGCUAAUUUUUGACAUGUUACUUCGAUUUGUGAAUAUUGACCCAGCCUCUUAUCCUCCACUUGAUAUAGAAGCGUUGAAAAUUUUGUUUGAUGAUAUAUUCAAAAGCAAUGAUAUUGACAUGUUAAGGAAACAUUGCCUCGUAUAUUAUCUUCUGAAAGAUUGGCAAGCUUUCAGCAAAAAACAUCAAAAAUAUGCAGCUAGGUUUUUGAUCCCACCAAAUUUUUUGUGUCUUAUGGAUGGGUAUUGGGCUUUAGAUCAUUGGCAAUUCGCAGAAGCUAUAAGAUUUUUGACCGAGCCAACAGUCACUGUGGAUUGGGAUAUAAAAGUUAUGCGAGUACUGUUAAACCAUGUGGGCCCACAUGAUGCGCUGAAAUAUGCAAAUCUUAACAGCACUCAGGAAAAGUCGCCAGAAAAUAUAGAGAUCUAUAUGGAAAUUCUGCUACAGUGUGAUAUAUGUGAAGCCUUACUUUUUCAACGACAACAUAGAACUCGCGCUGAUGACUUUGCGCUAUUCAAAAAGCUGUUGGAUUUCUGCUUCCUCCCGAAACCCAAUGCAGAUAGGUUAAAUAUAUUACUUAAUACUGUGAUGGAUGAGAAUGAAUGUGCGUUUUUAUGUAAAUAUUGCGAUAGCGAAGACCAAGAGACAAGGAAACAUUUCUUAAUCAUUUACAAUCUUCAUCAUGGCAAUAUUAUUGAAUCAAUUAAAGAAAACGAAUUAUUGAGGCGGCAAGGUAAAAGCAUUGGAAGUGACCACAUGCGGAAUAAAUACAUUGGAAGCAUUAUGGAGACUCUACCUCCAAUGCAACUGAAGGAAAUUUCUAUGGAGGUUGAUAAAGCCUUAAGGCGUGAUGAAAGAAUAAAUGGCAUUAACACAACAUUUGUUGAGCUGGAGGAGACAAUGACUCCAGAAAGACAGAAAAAUACAUCACCAUCCAACUUUGAUAUCCCAGUUUUGACUGAUCAUUCUCCUUUUACGUCGCCUCAGAAUGACCGUACUCCAGUGGUGAAACAAGAACCAUCAUCUGGAAGGAGAAAGAGUCGAGCUAUCGCUACUCCUACUCCUACUCGUACCAUAAUCACUCGAAGCAUGGCUAAGAGUAAUCAUCAGCGACGAUUCAAUAAUAGUACGGCCUCAACCAAAACAAAAUUUCAUGAAACUAAAACAUCAAAUGACACCCCACCUCCCCACCAAAAUUACGAAGAAAAAAACCAACUGACAGAGGUUAUAGAUAGAAUUUUGGAUACGUUAGUCUCUGAGCGAAGGCACCACAUAAAUAAUGUUAUACUACCCGCCAUACGAGCUGUAUUGAAGGGCCUUCCUAUAGCAAAAUCGACCUUUGUCACAGGAACUAUGAUACGUUUGAAUGUUCUUAUUAGGGACAGUGCAGACCGUUCAUCGUUACUACCAUCUACGUGA